GGAGCCAAAAUGGUCCAAACACAAUGCAGCAUACAGCGACACGUUGAGCAUUUUCCACAGUAGACAUGUUAGCUUCCUGUAUGUCAAUAAAUUAAAAACACAACUGGUUUAACGUCGCUGAUAACUUCUCCAUUAUGGUCGCUGUUGAGUCAGACUCAUUGACUCUUUUUCGAAUAAGAGGUCCGCUGGAGUUGAGAUGUCAGGUCGACAGCACAGAUGUUGUGCUUAUGCGAAAGGUGAUCUCAAGAACGUUUGAGAGCCUUCGCUCACAGGUGAAAUCGGAAUCCUGUGUCUUCGCUGUCUGCAACAGUCCUGUUUUUAUAUGGCCAAAUAAAGGUGUCUAUGGAGAAGUGACCCCAGAUACACCGUCUGAAGAAGCACAUCAGUGGAUCCAAGUAGAUGAACCAGACAGCAGUGGCAAGCGAUCAGCAAAGAAGAGAGGCAGAAAAGGUCUGACAGCGAAUGUCAUAAACCUCGACCUGAUGAUGGAGGUGACGAAGCAAUGCCCUCUGUCAGCCCCGAUCCUCCGGAAAACGAUACAGAAGUCCAACUUCCUGACCGCUUCUCUUCCCAUGGACUGUGUUUUGCGUGCCAGGAGCAACGACACAAUCAGAGACACCUGCACACGACUGCUGGAGGCGCUCACUGACCAGUUGUGUGAGAUGGAAAAGGUGACCCUGCAGCACAUGACGGGCACAAAGGUGCUCGUCCCCGAGCCUCUCCACUUUUCUCUCCCAGAGCCAAAAGGGCUGGUGACAGUGGUUUUUCCCGCAGGAGUGUCUGACGAACAAUUAAAGACGCAACGAAAAGAGCUGCAUGAGCGGUUGGAGCUGCCAGACGACAGGCCUUACUUUAGAAGAGCCAAUGCAUACCACUUUCCCAACGAGUCUUACAAAGACGGAUACCUCAGAAACCCUCACAUGACCCUGGCACAUCCUACGCUGGAAAACGGGAAGGUGUAUUUGGUCCAGGGGAUCUACAGCUACCACCACUACAUGCAGGACCGCGUAGAUGACAACGGCUGGGGCUGUGCCUAUCGCUCUCUGCAGACCAUCUGUUCCUGGUUUCAGCAGCAGGGUUACGUGGAGCACUCCGUGCCCACUCACAGGGAGAUCCAACAGGCAUUAGUAGAUGUUGGAGACAAGCAGGGUUCCUUCGUGGGGUCACGUCAGUGGAUCGGAUCCAUUGAGGUUCAGGCCGUUCUGAGUCAUCUGCUUGACGUCACCUCUAAGAUCAUGUUUGUCAGUCAGGGAUCUGAGUUGGCAUCCAAAGGCAGAGAAUUGGCAAACCACUUUGUGACUGAAGGGACUCCCAUCAUGAUUGGAGGGGGAGUUUUGGCUCACACUAUUCUGGGCGUGGCGUGGAGUGAGACCACAGGACAGAUCCGCUAUCUCAUUCUAGAUCCACAUUACACAGGAGCAGAAGACCUCCAGGUCAUCACAGACAAGGGCUGGUGUGGCUGGAAAGGACCUGAUUUCUGGGAUCAAACGGCAUAUUAUAACCUUUGUUUGCCUCAGAGACCAAGGAUUUUCUGAGCAGUUUGAGACUUUCAGGCGGACACAACAAAACAUUGAGAAAAUGUGGAUUUUGGGGAUUUUGCCAAACAAGGACUGACACAAAUAGAGAUGGGCAUAUUUGUGUUGAAUAUGAUAUUGUAAUAAUCAAGUGGACAAUAUUUAAAAUUCUCAUUAAACUUUGAAGAGUAAUAUGAAUGGAUGGAGUUUUGUCAGUGAGUUUUAUGAGACACAAUAGAGACUUCUCCAGAGGUGGAACACCCUGCCUGAAAGAAGAGCUCUAAGGGCUGCAGUGUAGUCUUUUUUUUCAUAACAUCAGUAUUUUAUAGUAAGAACCAACUUUUCUUCAAUCUUAACUGAUUAUUUAAGUAUUUCUCUAAUUCUUUAACAUUAGCAACCAACCCUGAUUAACACUAGAUCCACAGCAGGAAAUUGGUUCAGACUUGUUCUCUUUUUGGAUGCACCAUGGUGUCUGUUGCUCUGGUUUUAGGAUAGGCACAAUUAGGUCAAAUUAAAUAAAUGUGAGAUGCUUUAAAUGUUUUGACGAAUUAAAUGUAAUAUUAAUAUUAAAUCACUACAAUUAUCAAUUAUGAUAUCGACAAAAAUGUAAUGCAACUGUAAACAUUCAUAUUUUUCUUCUCAA